GCUGUGAGUCAUUCCUCGGGCUAUAUUCAUUUUCGCUGCUCUGUUUGAACAGAAUAUUUGUGAAACCUGUUCGAAUCGUCGGCGCCGGUCCCCCAUUGCGCAGGAGAAGCGGAGCAUAACACUCUGACGCGCUCCUGAAAUUGGAACUUCAGAAAAUCCUCUUUUCGGGCAAAAGCUCUCUGCUGGUCUCUUCGUCAACAGAGGGGAUGUAUUCAACUAGUGGGUUUACAAGUGAGAACGUCAAGAGCACACCGUAAGGUCAGACGGUAUUAGACAUUCGGAAGAAGCGAUAACCCCCCAGCAAACUUAUGUCGGAGGAUAUGACUGCAGAAAGAAAGCACGUGAAGACCUCUCCGACUCAGCUGCAAGCUGUGAAGGAGGAGGAUGAAGAAGAAAUAGCGGACACUCACAACUGGAGAGGCAUUGGGAUAUCACUCUUGGUUAUCCUAGGAAUUUGCUCUGUGAUUGCUAUGGCAAUUUUAUUGCUAACGCCAAAAAAUACUGGAGAUGGCCUAAAAGGAGAAAAAAUACGCCUCUCCGAUAUAGUGCAAGACAAGUUUAAGCCUCGACUGUUCAAUGGAAGUUGGAUUUCUGGUGACGAGAUUGAAUACAGAGAUAAAGAUGGAAAUCUUGUAAUUUACUCUGUAAAAACGAAAUCAUCAAAGAUUCUUCUUGAAAAUGUCACUUUCUCUGAUUAUGAUGUAGAGAAAUACAGUGUAUCUGCAGAUCAUAAUUAUGUAUUAUUACUCCAUGAUGUGAUAAAGCUCUACCGCUACUCUUUCAAAGCCAAAUACAAGAUUUUCGAUAUUGUAAACAAGAAAAUUUAUCCUCUUCAACCCCAAGAGGACAAUGAUGGAUAUUUGCAGUACGCAGGUUGGGGCCCUAAGGAUAACCAGCUGGUUUAUGUGUGGGGCAAUAAUUUAUUUUACGUCAGUGAAGUAAAUGGCACACACCACCCUGUUUCUACUACUGGAAUUGAUACUGUCAUAUUUAAUGGAGUUCCAGAUUGGCUUUACGAAGAGGAAAUACUGAAAAGUAACAACGCCAUCUGGUGGUCGCCUGACGGAAACUUCCUUUGUUACGCAACGAUCAAUGAUACAAAAGUAGGGACGUUUUAUUAUAAUUGGUACGGAAGUGCUGCUUUUAAUGAAUCUCAUGUUUAUCCGGAACUCUUUCAAUUGCGUUAUCCAAAGCCCGGAGGUGACAAUCCUUCUGCUUUCCUGUGGGUGGUAGACGUCCAUAACCCCCUCAACUUACUGCAGAGGGACGUGAAACCGCCCCGUGAAGUUCAAGACCAGUUAGUGCAUGUGUGGGAUCAUUACUUCACAUCGGUGCAGUGGAUAGACAACCAAAGCUUAGCCGUCAUAUGGUUGGCCAGAUCACAGAACUUUUCCGUUGUCACGCAAUGUACUGGAGAGCUCUGGUACUGCGUUGUGGUUUAUGAACAGAGUCCACCGAGCAGGAAAGGUUGGGUUGAUCUCCGGGGUCCAAUCUUUUUUGGUCAGGGUGGCAAAAACUGGUACAUUAGGUUACCUUUACCUGAAGGUCAACACGGUCACUACCAGCACGUCGCCAUGGCCAAUAAUGAUACAAGACAUGUGGAUUUUCUCACUCAGGGCCGCUAUGAUAUACACAAAGUUGUUGCUUAUCAUGAAGCCUCCAAUACUGUGUACUAUUUAACAACGCUGGAAAACCGUCCAGGCGAACGCCACCUCUUUUCGGUGUCCGGGAAGAAAGCCCGUGCAGCAACCUUCACCAAAUGCUUGACUUGCGAGGAGGGGGAAGGCUGCCUUUUCUUCAACGUCCACUUCAGUCCCGACGCCAAGUAUUACAUCCUCGAAUGCUUAGGGCCCGGAGUCCCCAAAGUUGAGAUUCGAUCCAUCUACAAUCAGACAUUCGAUAUACUGGAUACAAAUGAUGACUUGAGAGACCUCGUUGAAGCGAGAACAUUGCCCCAAAUAAGGACUUUCCAAGUACCUUUAAAGGGAGGUUACAAAGCACAAGUGAGGUUGUUCCUGCCUCCUGGUGUAGCAGAAGAUGAGGUGCUAAUGUAUCCCUUAGUUGUUUUCGCGGACGGCGCUCCGGGAUCUCAGCUUGUGACCACCGAAUUCCAGCUGCAUUGGGGGAGCUACCUCAGCAGCCGACGCAACCAUAUCUAUGCAUGGAUAGACGGAAGGGGCAGUGGAUCCCAGGGCGACAAGAUGAUGCAUGAGGUCUAUUAUAGGCUCGGAUCGGUAGAAGUGGAAGAUCAAAUAGAAGUUACGAGGUAUUUAAAGGAAAACUUGGCCUUCAUUCACCCUACUCACAUAGCAAUAUGGGGUUGGUUCUAUGGUGGUUAUGUGGCUGCUUUGGCUUUGGCUCAAGAUAAAACUAUCUUCAAAUGUGCAAUUUCUGUAGCUCCUGUAACUAGCUGGCUAUAUUAUGACUCGGCGUUUACCGAAAGGUACAUGGGGACACCUCUACCUCAAGAUAAUUACCUUGGCUUUGAAAAGGCAAGUUUGGUUAAAAAGGCUCACAAAUUUAAAGGAAAGAAACUACUUUUAAUGCAUGGAACAGCAGAUGAUAAAGUACACGUUCAGCAAUCUUUGAUUUUCAUGAAGGCCCUUAUUGAAGAAGGUGUUUUGUUUCAAACUCAGCUGUAUCCGGACGAGGACUAUUCCCUUUCAAGAGUUCGCCGCCACCUCUUUCGAACAAUGGAAGAUUUUCUGAACGAGUGCUUUUAUAUUCAAAGAAAGGAUGAAUACGAGAACACCCGAGUCAAAAAGGACAUCAAAGCAAGAUAGUACUCAGUAGACGAACGGUCGAGUCUCUUUUGUUUAAAACUGACUCUACCAAGAAAACCUCAGCGAAUGCGUAACAGCUUCACUAUUUCAAUUUCUUUGUACCUGUGUGUUUUUGGAGAAAUUCGUUCUUUCUCUGUGUUCUUCUUUGUGGUCCGUUGAAUUUGUGUUCCGAUAAACGAGAACGGUCUUUUUAAAAAAAGAAAGACUAAAAAAAAUGGUGUCCUCCUUUGACUAGGAACUAUAUCGUAAUGUGAUUCGAUUUUAUACUGCAGUAGUUGAGACUGCAUUAUUUACUGAAUAUAACUAAGAAUACACAUAAGUAAUGUAAAUCAAAUUGGCUUAUAGUUUUUAAAUCAUAAAGCAAUUUCCAUUUUUGUGGCACAAAAUAUUUAAAAAUUCUUUUUUAUAAAAAUCGUUACUUCAAAUUGCUUGGGAAUGCAGGGUUUACUGAAGAAAUAUUAGGCAAAAAUUGCAGUGUUCCACAAACUUAACUUCAUUUAUUGGAUUCACAGAUAUUUUAUUCACAAAUAUUAUAGGGAAAAUUAAGUUAUCAAAAUGGAUAAUAUUAGUAAGACUAAAUCAAUGUUUUCAUUAAUGCAUUCGAUAAAAUAUUUGCUUAUCAAAUGAAUACAAAAAGAAAAUAGAAAUGAUUUUUCAAGGUGAUAUAAAAUACAAAUUGUGUAUUUUAGAAUACCAAAGCUUGUAAUCACAUGAAGAUAUAGGAACUGUUUUCAUUAUAUAAAUGUUAUGUCGGACAAAACUGCUUUUUAAACAAAAUGUCUGUGGCUGGACAAUAUAAUAUUCUUUUCCUUUCAUUUUAUAUAUUUAAGUUACUGAAUGGAAUGGAGGGAUCACUGUUGGAUAACGAUUCAAUUUGCUUUUUUUUUUGUGUUUUCUAAAUACCUUUUCUACCACAAACGAGGACUUUAGAUGCUUCAGCAUUAUGAUAUCGGAUGAAGGAUCUAAAUAUAAUUUGCUGAGUUUUCGAAACUCAUUGAAGUUACAUUAAGAAGUGAUAGAAAGCGGCUAAGCGAGUGCAAAUUGUCAGAUAAUGUGUGUUCGAAACAUUACCAGUGAAAUAUUACAUGCUGCUUCCCAGCAGUCCCUCUCAUGCUUUCACGACAGCGUGAUAACGAAGGAAUUCAGGUCAUGUUUGUAGAUUGUGGAACAGCUAUUAAUAUAUCAUAGAGAGGGUAAAAAUCUCGGUGGAAUUCGUAGAUGGGUUACCUAAUUUAAACGAAUUCAAAAUGGCGGCAGGUUAGAAUUUUAUUUUCCCAUAAUUAACGCCCUUACAAUUUAGGAUAACAGAUAUCAUAAGAGCUACUUUUGCUCUUUGAUAUCUAUUGUUCUUCUGAAUGUUCUUUGAUAUCUGUAAUCAUAGGGACAGUGAUUUUCAUCUCCAGAAGUCGGUUACUUUUUAAAACUUUUUGACAUCACGUUGAAAAAGUUAUCUUCCGUUACUUUCUCUGUCUUGCAUUUUCAACCUCAUAGUUCAAUUUUUAAUAAAAUUCAAAUCGUAAUUGGUAUAGAAUCGAUAAUUUUUCAUUUCCUUUUAAUCAGAAGAAAAGAAAUCUGUCUUGACCUUCAGACUUUAUGUGAUUAAUUUCUUUAAAUUAAAUUAGUAAACUGUAGAAAGAUAUAUUAUAGGAACAAGAGUCAUGAUAAAGUAAACUAGAUAAUACACAUAAACAUAAUUUUUAUUUAUUUAUCUUUCACACAUCUUUAAUUUUUCACCUAUAUCUUUAUCUUAUUUAAUCUUUCAUUUAUCUAUCACAAUUUUUUUUUCAUGUUUGGAUUCAUAAGGAAAAUAAAAUGUAUAGUCACUUUCUCGUGUUUGAAUUCUAAUUUUUAUAAGAGUUUGAAUUAUGAUGUUGAAAAUAAAAUUCUUCAAAUUUAGUAAAUUGUAGAAAGAUAUAUUUUAGGAACAAGAGUCGUUAUAAAGUAAAAUAGCUAAUUACAUAAUACACAUAAAUUUAUUUUUUUCAUUUAUCUAUCAUACAUCUUUAAUUUUUCACCUCUACCUUUAUCUUAUUUAAUCUUUCAUUUAUCUAUCACACAUCUUUAAAUUUUAUUUAUUUAUUUUCAUGUUCGGAUUCAUAAGGGAAAGAAAAUUUUUACUAUCACUUUCUCGUUUAAACUCUAAUUUUUAAAAGGGUUUGGAUUAUGACGUUGAGAGAUGAUAGGGGAGAAAUCAACCAAGGAAAGCAUUGAAGUGAUACAGGUUAAAAAAAUUUCCAAAGUUAUGAAGUUAAGUUAAAAAUCAUUUUUUCGAACAAUGGAAAAUUUCAAUCUUUCACCGUUUCGAUCCUCUUUGAACAGGACGGCCAGUCUAAGAACUCGAUCGAGAUUUUCAAGCUUUUUACACGCCAUUUCAAGUCGAAUCAUAAUUACUCGCUUUUGUCCCAAUCUCGAGUUUAAGGAUUAUUUGAUUUGUAAUUAUCUUCUAUCAUUUCUUAAGGUAACUACGAAAGAGUUUUACAAGACUUUGCACUGUAUGUUAUCAUAAGGCGAAUAAAUAUAAUACUUUAUUCCAUUGAUUAAAAUUUACAAGAAAUUCAGAAGAGAAUGCUGCAUAAAUGA